AAACAACUGUUGGAAGACGGGUCGGCAUGCUAGGAUGUUGGAACCGCUACCAGAUUAAUGUCUCCUCAACACGUGUCAUUCUUCUGACACUACAAGACAUUUUUAGACUGAGUAAUCACCUACGUGUCAGUCGCCCAAUGCUCUAUGGUCCACUAUCUGCCACGUAGACACUCCAAAGUGCCCAUUUUGCCCUUUUUUUUGCGAAUUGAGAAGCUCAAAUUCUAUAUAAACUGAGUGGCAAGAAUAAGUGGCAGACAACAAUCUUGUGUUCUUAAGGCUAAGAAUUUGAAACAGUCAGAGAGAGGGAGAUGUCGUCGGAGCAGGAAAGAUGUGAACUCGACGCCAGGGCUAGGCAAGGGGAGACUGUCGUACCCGGCGGAACUGGGGGGAAGAGUCUCGAAGCUCAGGAGCACCUGGCAGAAGGGCGGAGCCGUGGGGGUCAGACGAGGAAGGAGCAGUUGGGACACGAAGGGUACCAAGAGAUGGGCCGUAAAGGAGGGUUGAGCAACUCGGGUAUGCCAGGAGGAGAGCGUGCGGCUGAGGAAGGGGUUGAAAUUGACGAGUCCAAGUUCAGGGCCAAGUAAAAGCUUUCAUAAUGUCGUUGGCUUUCUUUUAAGUGUGUGCUUUCUUUUGGAGCAUCUUGAAUAAAUAAUGUCCUUGGAUGCCUUGCCCUACAGUGUCGGGUGUGUAUAUGGAUGUUUCUGCUUGAAGUGAGAAAUUAAUGUC